GCGUCUGCACUGUGCAUCCCGUUUGUUGAGUUGAUUAUCAUUCCAUAGCUUUGAAGCACGCCUGCUGCACUGUGGGUGCAUGCGCCUAUUGUGCACCGGAAAGGAAGGCUGGAAAUGUGACGGUGCAUGCAGAGAGCGAUAACCAGAAAUCAGAAAAUAUUUCUUCUCUAAUGCCUGUUACUAAGUAGGUCAUAACGCUCCAUUCCUUGAGCUAUCCACACUCUUAUCUUGGCUUCUGGUAGAUCAACGACAUGGUCAAACUUUCGCCAUGCCCCAUCAUCUUGUUAUCGCAUUUUCUCAUACCUGCCAUCGCCUCGCCUGUCCGACCACUAGCUCCAUUAGGCAAUGAUGGCAGUGUGAUUUUAAAUAAACGCACAACUCUUGCCCCAGGUUUCACGUGGGGAUUAGAUCCUAUGCGAGGAGUCAAUAUUGGUGGUUGGUUAGUUCUGGAGCCCUGGAUAACUCCUUCUAUCUUUGAAGGAAAGCCGGACUGGGUGGUAGAUGAGUGGACAUACGGAGUGUAUAUGAAUAAUCAGAGCGAUACGAUGGAUGAGAUAACAAAUCAUUGGAACACAUGGUUCUCAUACACAGAGCUUCACAACAUCGCAGCUGUAGGGCUCAACACGAUUAGGAUUCAAAUUGGCUUUUGGUCUGUCAUACCUCUAGAGAAUGGGGAACCGUAUCUGGUAGGCGCAUAUGAUUACCUCAAAUUAGCAGUAACAUGGGCUUCUAGUUUAAACCUGAAAGUGAUGGUGGAUGUUCAUGGCUGCCCAGGUGGACAAAACGGCUUUGACAAUUCUGGUAUCCGAGGCGUAAGAGAAUGGUUCACCAACGAUACCAACAUCUCGCGUACUCUUUCCACCCUUCAAGUCCUGACAGCUGAAUUUUCCCAAUCGUUCUACAAUAACACUGUCAUUGCCAUCGAGCUCGUCAAUGAACCAUUUCCUUACUCGACCAGCGAGCUUAAUAUCUUGAAGAGCUAUUACCAGGCAGGAUAUCGGACUGUGCGGAGUAAUGAUGGGGCGAGCAAAGUGGUUGUGGCGAUCGACGAAGGGUUUCAAGGGUUGCAGACUUGGGAAGCGUUUAUGCAAGAAUCGAGUUAUAAUAAUGUUGCGAUGGAUACACAUAUAUACACAAUUUUGGAUUGGUAUUGCGGCCAGCAAGAUUAUUUGGUCGCUUCCAACAACGUUCACUGGACCAUCGUUGGGGAAUUCGUCCCGGCCAACACGGAUUGCGCGUACUGGUUGAAUGGUCGAGGGGUGGGAUCGCGGUAUGAUAACACUCUCAACACAUCUGCGGCGCUCCAGUAUCCGGGUAACUGCGACGGUAAGACGGGCGCCGACCCUAGCAAGUUUUCUGCCGAGUAUGUCGAGUAUUUAGCAAAGUCGUUCGAGACUCAGACCUGGGUUUAUGAGCAAGCGUCCGGUUGGGUGAUGUGGACGUGGAAGACGGAGCAGGCGGCGGAUUGGUCGAUGCAGACUGGGAUGACCUAUGGCUGGAUACCGACUCCCAUUUAUUCUAAACCCCAUGGGACCCCAUGUGCUUCCAACACAAGUGCGAAAGCGACGAGCGGGGAGACGAGAUAUAGAGUCGAUUGGUGGUUGGUGCUGGUCCCUUGGGUUGUACUGCUAUUGCACUAGAUUUGGCAUGCAU